UGAUACUGUUCCUGGGCGACGGCAUGUCGCUGACCACGGUGGCGGCGGCGCGAAUUCUCAAAGGUCAGCGCCAGGGCAACACGGGCGAAGAGUCCUCGCUCAGCUUUGAGCAGUUCCCCUACACGGGUCUCAGCAGGACCUACUGCUCCAAUGCCCAGGUGCCGGACUCGGCCUGCACGGCCACCGCCUAUCUGUGCGGCGUGAAGACGAACAUCAUCGAGAUCGGGGUCAGCGCUGCGGUCAACUUCAAUAACUGCACCGCGAGUCAGACGCCCGAGAACCGGCUGACCUCCAUUGCGGAAUGGGCACAGAAUGCUGGCAAAUCGACGGGAAUUGUGACGACGACUACGCUAACCCAUGCGAGUCCGUCGGGCGCGUACGCCAAGACAGCCAAUCGGAAUUGGGAAUGCGAUACGGAUGUCGCCAGCUACGGCUUGGAUCCCAGCGAAUGUGUGGACAUGGCCACCCAGCUGAUUACCCAGGUGCCCGGCAAGAAUUUCGACAUUAUGUUCGGCGGCGGCAUGGGCAAAUUUCUGCCCAAAUCCGUACAGGAUUCGCAUGGCAAGGCCGGCGAACGCUCCGAUGGCGUCAAUUUGCUAUCCAAAUGGCAGGCGAGGCACGACGGCGGCGUCCUGGUCACCAAUCGCAAGCAGCUGCUCAGCGUCAAUGUGUCCGCGGUGUCCAGCAUCAUAGGACUCUUCCAGUCCGAGCUGAUGAAGUUCCACCUGGAGGCCGAUGAGAGCUACCAGCCGACGCUCUCCGAGCUGACGGAGGUCGCCAUCAAGAAGUUGAGCCAAAACGAGAAUGGCUACUUUGUGUUCAUAGAGGGUGGUCUGAUCGAUUACGGCAAUCAUUAUACCCAGGCGGGCUACGCGCUGGACGAGGCCUUGGAGUUCGAGAAGGCCAUUCAGCUGGCCCGCGAUCUGACCGACGAUGAGGAGACGUUGAUUGUGGUCACAUCGGAUCAUGCGCACACGCUGUCCAUUGCCGGCUAUCCGGGACGCGGCACGCCCAUUCUGGGCCUCAAUCAGCACGACACCGAUAUCAAUGGCAUCAAGUACAGCACGCUGAACUAUGCCGCCGGACCCAACAACUAUCUGGACGAGAAGGGACAGCGCAUCGAUCUGACCGAUCAAAUUGGCGGCAAUGAUUUCGUCUAUCCCAGUUAUAUAACCAAGGAUCAGGGCACCCAUUCGGGCGACGAUGUCGGCAUCUUUGCCUCCGGGCCGCAAAGUCAUCUCUUUACGGGCAUGAUGCAACAGAGCACGAUUCCACAUCUGAUGGCCUACGCCGCCUGCAUUGGCGACGGGCCACAGCUCUGCGACGCCAAGUAGGAGUCAUUCCCUAUUCCCAGUUCCAUAAAAGUGACUGCCAUUUAGUCCAAUAAAGCACUCUGCUCGGGGAGGGUAGUUACAUGAUUAUUAAAA